AUGACACCAUUGCCUCCAUUCCCCUUACAUGCCCUUCUUGACAUCGGAUGGGACUUCAACGCUCAUGUUGCAAGGCAGUUCUCCUACCACUCUACUACCAACCGUAAUGAUAAUGAUCGACUUGCCUCUUGGAAAUCCCAUUUUGAGAACCUUCUCAGCUCUGGUAAUGCCUCCAAUGACCCAGUCUCCAUUGAUCCCGUCUUUGUUCCGAACCCUUACAUCCGAACUGGCAAAUUCUCCGAAACAGAGGUCAACAUAGCCAUUAAACAAGUGAAGCUUGGCGAGGCUUCUGGUGUGGACAACAUACCUAUUGAAGUUUCGAUGCUUCCUAAACUUAAGAAAUAUCUCACACGGUUCUGCAAUGCAACCCUUGAAGGUAACCGCCCUCUAGAAUGGGGCCUGUCCAGCAUCGUCCCAGUUCCAAAGAAAGGGGACCUCACCAUCCCAGACAUUUACCAGGGAAUCAGCCGCGCUCAAACUGCUGCCCAGACAACUACCAGGGAAUCAGCCUCUCUCAAACUGCUACCAAGACCAACAAUGUUUAAGAUCCUGCAUGCUUGCGGUAUCCCGGAGACCAUUCAUGCUAUGAAAAUUAUGUAUAAAGAUACAAGUGCUUUUGCUCUCACUCCUGAAGGUGAAUCUAGUUCGUUCUCCGUCAACAAUGGAGUUCUUCAGGGUGAUAUUCUCGCCCCCUACCUAUUCGUCAUAAUUCUGGAUUAUACCCUGCGGACAGCAUUAAAUGUCACCGAUGGUCUCACUCUCUCACGCCGUAGGAGUAGUAGACACCCUGCCCAAUACCUAUCCGACCUAGAAUAUGCAGAUGACAUUAGUCUGCUUGCUGAUACCAUCCUUGAUGCCGAAUCUCUCCUCCACAAAGUAGAAGCUUGCUGCAAGUCCGUUGGUCUCUCUCUUAAUGCAAAGAAGACUAAGUACAUGGUCAUCAACCCAUCACCAGCACAGCUCAUAAUAUCGAGUGUAGAAAAGCUCAAGCUGCUCUGUUCUCACUGA